AUGACAAAACCCAUCCUCAAUCCAAUCUCUUCCCCCACAACACACCUAUCUCUUCUCUCUGGAUGUUCUGCGGGUGGCCUUGCAUCCAUAAUACAUUGUGAUGAGUUCCAGAGCUUGUUGCCAAAAUCUUCCAAAGUGAAGUGUUUUAGCGACGCCAGAUUUUUUCUUGAUGCAAUUGAUGUAUCUGGAGGGCGCACAUUGAGAAAUCUGUUUGGAGGCGUAGUUCAGUUACAGGAAGUACAGAAAAAUCUGCCAAAAAAUUGUCUCAACAAAUUGGACCCAACUUCGUGUUUCUUUCCUCAGAAUUUGGUUGAACAUGUUGAGACACCACUGUUUCUACUCAAUGCGGCUUAUGAUGUGUGGCAGGUCCAAGCCAGUUUAGCCCCAGCGACAGCUGAUCCUCUUGGCGCUUGGAAUGACUGCAAAUCAAACCAUGCAAACUGUAGCUCGUCUCAGAUUCAGUUCCUCCAAGACUUCAGAAAUCAAAUGGUUGAUGAUCUAAAAGACUUCUCAAGACCAUCUCAAAAGAGAUAG